AUGGAUAUCACACCUCUAGACUUUGUCAAGGUCAAAACGACGUUGCCAACUACACCUCUCCCACCACACGCCUCGCGGCAACACGUCGUCACCGAGCGUCUCAUUCUGAGGCCCAUUUCCUCGGAUGAUCUGCAGGCGUUGCAUGUCCUGCGCACGCAGCCAGAGGUCAUGAAGUGGUCUGCGGUAGGGCGCAUCGAUGCGGAUCUAGACGAGACCCGGGAAAAGCUAGCGCAGAACCUACCUCCCAAUGACGCCAGCAACUACGAUUUCUCAAUCUGCCUGCGGUCCACGGGCCAGUGGAUUGGUAUCGGCGGCUGCAAAAAGUCCACCGGCGGCGAGUUGGGUUGGCCAGAGCUCGGGUACAUGUUCCAGAAGGAGUUCUGGGGCAAUGGAUACGCGACUGAGUUUGUGCAGGGCUUCCUCAGCGCUUGGUGGUCUCUACCUCGCUCGGAAUGCGAAAUCAGCGUCGAAAGGGCCUCCGUUCGCGGCCUCGAGAGCUUGCAGGAGGGCGAGUUGGCGGAGGAGAUACUUAACGCUGUGGUAGCGUCGGAUAACCCCGCCAGCCUGAGGAUCAUGGAGAAGUGGGGGUUCGAGAAGUUCAAGAUGUGGAAGGACAAGAACGAACAUGAUCAAACGGAGAUCACACUCAUUGGAUUCUGUAUCAGUCGACCAACACAGUAG